AUGGCAAUCGGCAUUCUCUAUCUUGCAAUUUUCUGCACUUUCAGUCAAUCCUCCCUUUCAAGCCUACAUGAGGUCUACAGAUUUCCCAAUGGUACUUGGGUUGAGAACAUCGCCAUUCGGCCCAAUGGAAAUCUCCUGGUCGCACUCGUGAACACACCAGAACUCUGGGAGAUCACACCAACUCCUUCAGGCCACAGUGCGGCCAAAUUAGUUCAUCACUUUGAUAAUGCGGAAUCCGUCAAUGGGAUCACGGAGCUUGCACCGGAUACCUACGCCGUCAUUGCAUCUAAUUCAGUUUGGAAAAUUGAUCUGAGUGUAAUGGAUGUGUCGAAACCAAUCCAUAUUGCCAAACUUCCAGCUGGGACCUUGAAUGGUAUGGCUACAUUGGAUGACGAUAGGAAAUCGGUCGUCAUGUCGGAUUCUCAGUUGGGCCUUGUUUGGCAUCUCAAUACCCAUACGGGCAACUAUACCAUGAUACACAAGGAUGAGACAAUGGCACCGAAUGAUGAGUUGGGGUUGCUACUCGGGAUCAAUGGGUUGAGGAUAAUGAGCGGCUAUCUGUACUAUAACAAUAGCCCUCGACGAAUCUUCUGUCGUGUUCAUAUUGACGGACGUACAGGCCGGGCAUUGGGACCCUAUGAAAUCAUAGCCAAGGAUGUUCUGGCUGACGAUUUUGCCGUUAGGCCGAACGGGGUUGCAUAUUUAGCGGGACUCGUGGACAACGUGAUUACCCAGGUCCUUCCAAAUGGAUCACACGAAGUUAUAGCAGGCUCUUUAGACUCAAAAGAUUUAAUGACUGCUACAUCAGCAGCUCUCGGCAAAUCCCUCAAAAGCCGUGAUGUUCUUUAUGUUACUACUGGAGGGGAGUCUAAGCAUCCUGUCAAUAAUACGGAUACUAGAGGAGGAAAGGUUAUGUCCCUCAUUCUUGACUAA